AUGCGUAUGAAGGAUCUUGAACUGGAGCUCCAAACUCUUCAAUCCAAAGAAGCUCAUGAGGCAGAUUUAUUGGCUGAGGCCACGGUUUUAAAUAGCCUAGGAGAAUUGUGGAAGCGCAAGGAAUCUAUGUGGAAACAACGGUCCCGGGAAAUUUGGUUGGCUAAGGGUGAUAGGAAUUCUUCAUUUUUCCAUGCCUCUACUGUGGUUCGGAGGAAGAGGAAUCAUAUCUUGAACCUUAAAGAUCCUAGUGGCACAAUCGUUUCAAAUGAGAAAGAUAUCGGUGUUAUCCUUAAUGACUAUUUCAAAGAUCUUUUCGCCUCCAAGGGCUCUUCAUCCUUUGAGGGUUUAGAUUCUUUGAUUCCUAAUUCCAUUACCCAUGAUGAGAACUUGAAGCUUACGGCAAUACAUGAGAUGGAAGAAAUAAAAGAUACUGUUUUCCAAAUGCAUCCUUUAAAAGCCCCAGGACCGGAUGGCCUUUCGGGUUGUUUCUUUAAAAGGUUGAGAAAUGUACUUCAGCGUAUCAUUGCUCCUUUCCAAUCUGCUUUUCUCCCGGGAAGGUGGAUAGCGGAAUCCUCUUUGCUUACUCAAGAGAUUGUGAAUGUGAUCAAGAAGAAAAAAGGAAAAGGAGGGUUAAUGGCUUUGAAGAUGGACAUGAACAAAGCGUAUGACCGUCUCGAAUGGAGUUUUCUCAAAGAGGUGCUGAUGAGGUUUGGUUUCAAUUCUCACGUCUUUGUCAAAAUCAUUAUGAGUUGUGUCUCCACUGUGUCCUACUCCAUUCUUCUUAACGGACGGCCUCUCAAGAAAUUCCAGCCUGGAAGAGGUAUCCGCCAAGGAGAUCCCCUAUCUCCAUACCUCUUCCUUUUGUGCAAUGAAAUUUUCUCACGGUUGUUAUCUUUUGAACAAGAGAAGGGGCUUUUCCAUGGUAUCCGGAUUGCUAGAAAUGUUCCAGAGAUAUCUCACUUGAUGUUCGCGGAUGACACCAUCAUUUUCUCUAGAGCUAAUCUCAAUGAAGUGGAAGUGCUUAAUAGUUGCAUCAAGAAGUUCGAAGAUUGGUCCGGUCAAAAAUGCAGUAAACAAAAGUCGGGAGUCCUUAUUUCUAGUAAUUGCUCUCGUUCGUUGAGAGGUUCCAUUGAGAAAAUUCUGAACAUUGGGGCCAUCCGUGAUGACGAGAAACACUUGGGUAACCCUUUCCUGUUCAGCCGAAGUAAGCGAAAGGAUUUCAACUUUCUCAAGACAAAGCUACAUGACAAAUUGGAGGGUUGGAGACUUAAAACGCUAUCCAAGAUGGGGAGGGCGGUGUAUGUGAACUCGGUUGCACUUGCUCUACCUUCGUAUACUAUGUCAACCUUUCAACUCCCUACAUCUUCUUGUAGAGAGUUUGAUGCCAUUGUUAAAAGAUUCUGGUGGAAUGGUUCCCCUGAGCGCAAGAAAUAUUGGGCAGCCACUUCUUGGAGUUCUUUAUGCCAACCAAAACAGAGAGGUGGUUUGGGUUUCCGUCGGUUUGAGGAUAUCAACCAUGCUCUUCUCACCAAACUCGCUUGGCAACUGGCGAGUAAAAUGGAUAAACCGUGGUGCUACAUUUUCAAAGGAAGAUACUUUCCUAGGGAGACUUUCUGGAGUAUCAGUGAGAAAAACAGUGACAGCUUUGUUUGCAGAGGUAUUUUAAAUGCCAGGAAAACUAUUGCUAAAGGGGCUUGUACUGUUAUCACUUCGGGGGAGGAUAUCGAUAUUUGGUGGCAACCUUGGAUACCAUGGCUGGGUUAUGAGCAAUUUCGGGAUUUAAUGGAAAGUAUGAGAUCCAAGGCACCUAGUCUUAGAUGUGUUGCUGACUUGAUGUAUCGCAGAAGCAGGUGUUGGAAUAUUGGCUAUCUGCGUUUUCUUUUUGGUGUUGAUUUGGGUGACCGAAUUGCUGGGAUUCAAAUUGUCAAGAGUGAUGAGGCUGACAUGCUUAUUUGGAAAGAUUCUACCUCUGGUGAUAAAUUCAGUUCUCGUAAUCUAUGUCCUGUGUGUCUCUUGGCCCCAGAUUCUCCUAUACAUUUGUUUGCUCAAUGCUCUUUUGCUUCUGCGAUUUGGUUUUCUGGCCCUCUACCGCAGAGUGUAGAUGCGGUUCGACAGGAGGUUGGUAGGAGAUUUUUAGAGUUGGAUCCUGAUGUUGAUCAUGUGGUUCAACCGGCCCCUCUGAAUUUCAAUUCGUUGCAACUCCCUCGAUUAUCCACCAAACAUUAUCUUCUGGUGGACGGUUCCUUCAUUGAGGGGAGUUAUGGUUGUGCUAUGGUGUCGCUGUCUAGUAGUUCUUCCGAGUGGUGGACCAGUGUUUCUUCUGGCUCUUGCAACUCGGCGUUGGAAGCGGAAAUGCUUGCGUCCACUCGCCGUGAUAAUGGUGUUUGGCAGGUUGUUAAAGGGGAGGGAUUGCCCCCUGUGAAUCCCAAGCUUUUCUGGUUUUAA